AUGAGCGCGCUUGUAAAUCCAUCGAUUCCAGCAGAAAUCCAAGAGGAAAUUGCUCAGUUAUAUCAUGAUGUCCCAACAUUAAAGUCUAGUUAUGAUAUUUUCGAUAAGAUCGGUGAAGGUACAUUCUCGACCGUGUACAAAGCUAAGGAUAUCAGAGGUAAAGUUACUUCUAAAUAUAAUACCCAUUUUUGGCCUCAAGCUAAUGGUAAAAAAUAUGUUGCAUUGAAGAAGAUUUAUGUGACCUCAUCGCCUCAACGUAUCUACAACGAAUUAAAUCUAUUAUAUAUGUUGAAUAGUUCCAAUCGUGUAGCACCUUUAUGUGAUGCCUCUAGGAUACGAGAUCAAGUCAUUGCAGUGUUACCUUAUUAUCCUCACGAAGAAUUUAGAAAUUUUUAUAGAGAUCUCCCUAUCAAAGGUAUUAAGAUGUAUAUGUGGGAACUACUACAAGCUUUAAAGUUUGUUCAUUCUCAUGGUAUAAUCCAUAGAGAUAUUAAGCCAACGAAUUUUUUAUUUAAUCCAGAAUUAGGUAGAGGUGUCCUUGUGGAUUUUGGUUUGGCAGAGACUCAAGUUGAUUAUCUUAAUACCCAUACUUUAGACCAAGCAGCAUUAAUGAAAGAAAAUCUAACAGGUGUAGUAGAUUCAUCACAAUCAAUGAAAAAUUUAAGAACUCAAGAAGAUUUCUGUCCAUGUAUUCUAGAUAAUUUUACUGCAUCUUAUGUAGUUCAAAACAAUGGUGGUGUAUUAUCUAUUCAAGACGGGAAAGUUGUACGUUCCAGUAAUGUAAAUGGUGUUGAUCUGACUAAAGGUUACCCUAAGAAUGAAACUCGUAGAGUGAAAAGAGCUAAUAGAGCUGGUACUCGUGGGUUCCGUGCCCCAGAGGUAUUAAUGAAAUGUAGUUCUCAAACAACGAAGAUCGAUAUAUGGUCAGUUGGUGUGAUCUUAUUAAGUUUAUUGGCUAGACGAUUUCCAAUGUUCCAGAGUUUGGACGAUACAGAUUCUCUAUUGGAAUUAUGCGCAGUUUUUGGUUCCAAAAAUAUUCGUAGUUGUGCGGUUUUGCAUGGUUUAGGCUUUGAUAUCAGUGGGUUACAUUACCUUAGAGAAGAUGCUUAUCCUCAUGGAUUAAAGGGGUUUGUAUAUGAACUGUUAAAUAAGGAAUGUGAAUCAGGUACAUUCCCAGAGUACAGUGUGGCAUUUGAAACCCACAGUUAUCUACGUCAAGAACUAUAUGAAAGAGACUCCAUUGAGCCACAGAUGUCUGACGGUAAAGCCCGUAGUCUAAAAGAUGGUUCUACUUUGAAUAUGUAUGAUGUCAAGAGAUAUCAUGACGAAUUGUGGACUGAUCAUUUUUGGUGCUUCCAAGUGUUGGAACAAUGUUUCGAGAUGGAUCCACGUAAACGGUCCUCAGCUGCAGAGUUGUUACAAAGUGCUUUCUUUAAUGAAAUGUCAGAGUCAGAUGUCAAUACAGAGAUUGAAAGCACUGAUGAUGACGAUGUUGUCAGUUCUAGUGAAGAUGAAUUAAUUGACAACGACGUGAUACUGAUUCCUGAUGAAUAG